AAUAACAAUUGAAAUUGAAUCUCAAUCCCAAUCCCAAUCCCAAUCCAAAGAAAUAAUACGUGUAUUCGGUAAUACCAAAUAUAGACAAAUUCGGUACGGUAUUCGGUAUAUCCCAAAUACCGGUACCAAACUUCCAGCCCUACCCACACUUGUGGUGCCCAUUCUUUGCUUCAAUUUUACUUAACAUUUGUAACAUCCCGAACAUUUUCCCGACGAAGAUAUUGUCCGCUUUGGGCCUCGAUUCUCACGAUUUCCGACUUGGAGUGCAAUUCAAAGUGACUUUCCAUAAGGUCGCCCAUCCUUGUUGUGCUUCACACUGAGCACGUUUAACUUCGGAGUUCUCACAAGAACUCCAUUUCACCCCAAAACGCGUCUUAUCAUUUAAGGUCGGUUUCUUACUUGUGAACCAUGGAUCUCCCACGUCCCUCUUGAACAAUGGUGGGGAAAACCUCAACGAGGACGUUGAGUCCCAAGGGGGAGGGGGGGUAUGUAACACCUUAGGCGAAUCCCACAUUGAUAAAGUACGAGAGAGAUUCAUAAAUAAGAAACCGACCUUAAAUGACAAGACGCGUUUUGGGGUGAAAUGAAGGAGUUCUUGUGAGAACUCCGAAGUUAAACGUGUUCAGUGUGGAGCACAACAAGGAUGGUUGACCUUAUGGGAAAUCACCUUGAAUUGCAUCCAAGUCGAAAACCGUGAGGGUCGAGACCCAAAGCGGACAAUAUCUUCGUCGAGAAAAGGUUCGGGAUGUUACAAAUGAAAUGUUAUCAUUGGAGAUCGAACCUUGGUCACUUGAAUGAUGAAAGAGCAUUAUAACAAACAUAACUUUGGCCGAGUGGUUAAGGCGCUUGCCUACUAAGUAAGUGGGGGUUCCCCGCGCGAGUUCGUAUCUCACAGCACAUGUCACGAUACUAUUUUAUAUGUAACACCUUUAGUGAAUCCCACAUAGACAAAGCACGGGAGAGAUCCAUGGUUCAUAAGUAAGAAAUCGACCUUAAAUGACAAGAUGCGUUUUGGGGUGAAAUGGAGGAGUUCUUAUGAGAACUUCAAAGUUAAACGUGCUCAUUGUGGAGCACAACAAGGAUGGGUGACCUUAUGAGAAGUCACCUUGAAUUGCACCCCAAGUCGGAAAUCGUGAGGAUCGAGGCCCAAAGCAGACAAUAUCUUCAUCGGGAAAAGGUUCAGGAUGUUACAAUGUUCGUCUAAAACCGGAUUUUUUCCCCCAGAAAUACCACUAAAAAGAAAAAAAUUCCAAAAAUACCACUCAUUCUCGAAAAUUUUCAAAAAUACCACAUUUUCCGAAAACCACUUGGUGAGGGCGCGAUUUUUGAUGAAAAUCGCAUUGGGAGGGAGCGGUAUGAUAAAGCGCGUCGGGAAGCAGCAGUUCACAUACAAACCGCAUGCCCCCUACUGUUUGUAUGUAUAUAAUUUUUUUUCCCGCUAAUACAAAACAAUAAAUCUAGAUAGUCUAGUGGAUGGACGCUUGUUAUGUGUUUUUUCGCGUAUACAAAACAAUAAAUCUAGAUAGCCUAGUGGAUGGAUGCUUUUUUAAUUUCCCUUUCUGUUUUAUUAUAUGUUAAUGCUUUUUCAAUUUUCCAAACAAACUUAACUUUAAGCUCGGGUAUAUGAUCCUAGCGAAUUUUUUUUUUAUUCCGCAUAAUUUUUCGAGAUCUUGCAAGUCACAGGCGGUUUGGUCCCGCCUUCGUCUCGAAAAAUCGUCGUUUGCUACUCCGAACGAACUUUUUCGUUAUUUCGCCAAAUUUUGGAUGACCAUAACUUUGUGCUCCGCACUCGAAACAUCAUGAAUUUUUUUUAGUAUUUAAAGUGUAACGCUCAUUAUGUUAUAUACUAUUUUGUUAUUGAGUACAUUGUAACAAUAAAAAAUUAAUUAAAAAUAAUAUAAUAAUCACAUGUUCGCUGUUAAUAUUAAAAUCAAUUAUCUCUCUCUCCCUCUUUCUCGGUAUCUUACCGUUCUUCUCUUUCCUUCUCGUCUCAUUUUCUCUUCUCAUCCAAUUUCUUUCUCCCUUGAAAUCGACUUGUCGGAGACUCGGCCGAUCCUGUCCGGACAUUGAACUGUCUCGACUCUUGUAAGUCUGAAAGGGUGAAAACGAUGAGCGGAGAAGGGAAGGUGGUCUGUGUAACUGGAGCUUCGGGUUACAUCGCUUCAUGGCUGGUGAAGUUACUGCUUCAACGUGGAUACACUGUGAAAGCUUCGGUGCGUGACCCAAAUGAUGCCAAGAAGACCCAACAUUUGCUUGCACUUGAUGGGGCCAAGGAAAGACUGAAGCUGUUCAAGGCUAAUUUGCUGGAUGAAGGCUCGUUUGAUCCUAUUGUCGAGGAAUGCGAAUGUGUUUUCCACACAGCAUCCCCAUUUUAUUUCAAUGUGACUGAUCCCCAGGUUGAACUUGUUGACCCUGCUGUGAAGGGAACUCUUAAUGUGCUCAGAUCAUGUAUGAAAGUUCCGUCCAUCAAGAGAGUGGUCAUCACCUCAUCCAUGGCAGCAGUUGUGUUCAAUGGCAGAACUCUCGCUCCUGAUGUGGUUGUUGAUGAGACUUGGUUUUCAGAUGCCCAGUUUUGUGAAAAAUCAAAGCUUUGGUACAUGCUCUCCAAAACAUUGGCUGAAGAACUAGCUUGGAAGUUCACAAAAGAGGUUGGAUUCGACAUGGUUUCAUUAAAUCCGGGUUUGGUAAUCGGUCCUCUCUUACAACCCACUCUGAACACAAGUGCAGAGUCAAUUCUCAACCUUGUGAAGGGGUCAGAGAAGUAUCCAAAUACAACCUACCGGUGGGUUGAUGUUAGAGAUGUUGCAUAUGCACAUAUUUGCGCGUUUGAGAAUCCCUCGGCUAGUGGGAGAUACUGUUUAGUUGGAGCAGUUGUUCACUCUUCUGAAGUUGUGGCGACUUUACAUGGGCUUUUCCCAGACCUUAAGAUCCCUCAAGAAUGCGCAGAUGACAAGCCUCCAAUGCCGAAAUAUCAGGUUUCCAAACAGAGAGUCGAAGCCCUAGGUAUCAAAUACACUCCUCUUGAGGUUAGCUUAAAAGAUACAGUCGAAAGCUUGAAGGAGAAAAAGUUCUUUUGAUGUGCUUUAGAUGCAGCCUGUCAAUAAGCUUGGGAAUGAGUUCUAUUAUGGUGGCCUCCCUCCAAUUCCAAGCGUCUUUCUUUCUUUUGUUAUGCUUUGAAUGCUUUUUGAUGAACAAUUGAAACAAUCUGUACCUGUAUGCAAACUGUAGUCGACUUGUAUGAACUAACUGGUAGUCCCUGUUGGUCUGAAUAUUAAGGGAUCAGUAUAUAUUGUGAAAGACGUAUGAGUAUUUAGGGUUUCAAAUAGAAUGGAAAAUUGUGAUUGGAAUAACAUAAUUGGGAUUUAGAGAUUAGAAGAAUUGGGGAAGAAGAAGAUAGAUGGCCAGCGGCCUGAAUAGAGAGAAAAGAGAGAUGAGAAGAAUAGGGUUUAGACAACAUAUUUUGAUAACACUUUUCUUGAUUAAUGAUUACAUAUGUGAAGUACAUAUAUAUGUAGGAAAUAAAUCGAAAUACUAAUAAACAAACCUAUACUUAAUUAGCUAAACCUGGCCAUCAACCACACUAAAACCUAAUUAUGCAGCCCAAUUCCCAACUAUAACUAAUAACAAUAAUAAUAAUAAUAACAAUAAUACUACUCACAUCAUAGGAUGUUCUAGGGUAGUAUUUCACAAGAUCUUCUAAUGCAUAACUACUCACACCAUAUCAUCUAUGCUCGUAUAGGAAUAAUAAAGACUUGGAAUCAUCUAUGCUCGUAUAGGAAUAAUAAAGACUUGGAAUUUUUAUUCAAGUAAACCAAGCAAAGUGACACAAAGUAAGAAGAGUAAAAUUGUUUGGGGAAGUAAAGAUACGUUAUUGAACAAGAAAGUACACUUUAGUACUAUUACAUAUAUCAAUACUCAUACUAAGGGGUCGUUUGGAUGAGUUGUUGUGUAACGAGUUAAUAUAAAAGUGGAAUUCCUCACAAAAUGAGAAUGUGGUAUUUGUGAGUUAUUUCACAAUAACUACCCUUGUGAGGUAUUGACAAUAACUCAUUAAUGAGUUAUUUCAAAUUAACUCAAGUACAAAUAACUCAUUACCAACUUUUGUAGACAAAUUAACUCAUUAAUGAGUUAUUUCAAAUUAACUCAAGUACAAAUAACUCAUUACCAACUUUUGUAGACAAACGGGUUAUUGCACCCAAAUAACUCAAAAUGAGUUAUUAAGACCAUCAUACUCAAGCUUUUGCCACAUGCAAUAGGAACUUGACUAGCUAAUGCGUGUUUUCACUUCAUGCCAUCACUUACUCAAUGAAGAGCAGAGAAGCGUGGGCCUCUUGAGCCAUUAUCGAUGGUCUAUAUAAUUAAUGAUCUAACAUCAAACAUUGAUACUACUCGAGACAAAAUGAUUGAUCAUUCCCUCUAUACUCGUGUAGCAUGAAUGAGGUAUCAAUAUAGAGUAAUUUCUUAACAACCUAAAUGAUACUAAGCACAAUGUAUAUAGUAGCACACUAUAGAAUAAUAAGAAUCAAUGAUAAGAAAGCGUUAAUAUUGGAUAAAUAAUUAUGUUCAUCACGUAAGCAUCGAAACCAAAGCAUCCAUGCAUAGAUCAUAAACAUCAAAAUUCAUAUGCAUAAACACAAGGAUCAUAUGAAAUCAUAACAUCAAUACAUACUCAGAUAAACCAGUUAACAUUCUCAGAACACUCAAUUUCGAACUAGCUAUACAUAGAAGAGAAGGAGGGUACCAUCAUCGAUGAUGAACAUCUCCUUAGUUGCACCAUAUCUUCAUUGAGCAGGUCGUCGAUGUCCAAAUCGUCGGCAUCAUCAAGCAUGAAAACAUCACCACCAUUCUCCGCCACUUCAACUACCACAUCGUCUUUUCUUGUGUAUGGGACAUUUGGUUUGAAGCUUUGAACCCAAUGAAACAAGGUUAUUCAG